AUGGCUUUGGUGCACCGCAUCGUCUCGGUAUUCAUGGCGGCAUCCGGCAACAAACUGACGGACGUUCAGAUGUCAGAAGAAAACAACACCGUGCGAGACAUCAAAGAGCAACUCCAAGCGCAGCUUGGGUUCCCGCGCUUUCAGCAACGUGUGCUCCUUGACAAGGAAAGCCAGCAGCUCGCCGACACGUAUAUCCUGAACCCCGACACCAAGCAAAUCUUCGUGGUCCUGGUCGCCUACAUCAACAUGUCCCGCAGCCUAGAAAUCGAACUCCUGCACGCAAUCAACUACGGCCCAGCAGAAGACGUAGAAGCCAUCCUCCAACGACCACAGCAUCCCGCAGACGUGGCACGACCGGGCAGCGACCUGUCCUUGCACGAAGCAGCCACCAACAACAACACCGACAUAGCAAGCAUGCUCGUGCAAGCCAACGCAGACACCAACAUCCAGUGCCCGACCACUCGCACCACGAACGCGGACAUGCUGGUAAGCCUGAGAAGCGAACUCAACGACUACCUCCUCGACUGCAGCGACUCAGACGACUCCGAAGCAACUCUUAUCUUCGAGGUCUCCAGUGACACCGAAAUGAGCGAUGGCACCCAGCAGGCAAAUGGGCCAUGGCCCUUGCAAGCCUGUUUUCUUGCUGCACGCCCCGCCGCUGGGUGCUCAAGCCAAGUCCACGCCUUAGAGGCCAGCACUACCGCCGCUUCCACGACGACUCUGACCUGGCCUAAAUGGAUCAAUGCUACAGGCUUCGAGAUCACAUCGACAGCAGUGUCAGCCCAGCUCGUCGCCGAAGCCUAUCAAGACAACCCGCAAAACUCCGCAGCGGCAACCGUCAACCAACGUGGAGCGAUGUACAGCAACUUCGUCAGCAAGUUCGCAAUCUAG